AUGGUGGAAGAUGGUAGUUACCAACAGUUUCCUUGGGGAAUAGUUGCUUUUCAAAAGUUAAUGAAAUCUUUUCAAAAAAAGUGCAAACCCUCCAAGAAGUUGUAUCGGUUGAAUGGAUUUCCAUAUGCAUUUAAUAUAUGGAUUUAUGAAUGUGCUUCUACGAUAAAUACCGAUAUUGUUGUCAAAGAAGGAAAUGGUAUACUGAGGAUUUGCAACUGGCAAGUUGUUGGUUUGAAGCCCAAGUUUGAGUUGUUUAUGGAAACAAUUUUUUCAAAGAUUGAAUGUUCUAACAUUCAGCCAACUCCUGAGGAAAUAGCAUCACUUGGGUUACCAGAUCACAAUUAUGUACCUCCAGAUAAUGAUGAUGUGCAUCCGGAGGAGGUUCCUGGUUUUGAAGACUUAACAACAAAACCUCCAGAUAUUCUGUUAAAGAGAACAUCAAUAGGUGCUAAUGUAGGAACAACCCCACCAAAACGGAAGAGAAUAAAGGUUGUACAUCCACAUAAGUAUGAUCUAUCAAGACAUUCAAAACCACAUAAGGAACCAGAUCAGCAACCAGAUCAUUCAUUCCAAAGUCCAGAACCACAAUAA